CCCGGGAAGAAAGGAACAUGGCUCCUGCGGCGGACAGCGCCGAGCGCGGCACGGGGCGACGGCGCGCCGGGCGCCAGUGACCGCGAUGGUGAACUCGAGCCGCGUGCAGCCGCAGCAGCCCGGGGACGCGAAGCGGACGCCGGCGCCCCGAGCGGCGGGCCCGGGCCGGCUGAUGGCGGGCGGGCGGGCCGCGGGCGCCGGCCUCGCCGGCCCGGGCGGCCUCCGCGAGCAGAGGGGCCUGGAGAUCGAGAUGGAGCGCAUCCGGCAGGCGGCCGCGCGGGACCCCCCGGCCGGAGCCUCGGCCUCCCCAUCUCCUCCGCUCUCGUCGUGCUCGCGGCAGGCGUGGAGCCGCGACAACCCGGGCUUCGAGGCCGAGGAAGAGGAGGAGGAAGAGGAGGUGGAGGGAGAAGAAGGGGGAAUGGUGGUGGAGAUGGACGUAGAGUGGCGCCCGGGCAGCCGGAGGUCGGUCGCCUCCUCGGCCGUGAGCUCUGUGGGCGCCCGGGGCCGGGGGCUGGGGGGCUACCACGGCGCGGGCCCUCCGAACGGGAGGCGGCGCCAGCGAGAGGACCAGGGCCCGCCGAGCCCCAGCCCGGCCGGCGGCGGCGGCGGCGGGGACCCGCUGCAUCGCCACCUCCCCCUGGACGGGCAGCUGCCCCGAGUGGCCUGGGCCGAGAGGCUGGUUCGCGGGCUGCGAGGUCUCUGGGGAACAAGACUCAUGGAGGAAAGCAGCACUGACCGAGAGAAAUACCUUAAAAGCGUUUUACGGGAACUGGCCACAUAUCUCCUUUUUCUCAUAGUCUUAUGCAUCUUGACCUAUGGGAUGAUGAGCUCCAGUGUGUACUACUAUACCCGGAUCAUGUCCCAGCUCUUCCUGGACACCCCGGUGUCCAAAAUGGAGAAAACUAACUUUAAAACUCUUUCUUCAAUGGAAGACUUCUGGAAGUUUGCAGAAGGCGCCUUGUUGGAUGGGCUCUACUGGAAGAUGCAACCCAGCAACAGAACUGAAGGCGACGACCGAAGCUUCAUCUAUUACGAGAACCUACUCUUAGGGGUACCACGUAUACGGCAACUCAGAGUCAGAAAUGGAUCCUGUUCCAUCCCCCUGGACUUGAGAGACGAGAUUAAAGAAUGCUAUGAUGUCUACUCUGUCAGCAGUGAAGACAGGGCUCCAUUCGGUCCGAGAAAUGGAACCGCUUGGAUCUACACAAGUGAAAAAGACUUGAAUGGGAGUAGCCACUGGGGAAUGAUUGCAACUUAUAGUGGAGCUGGCUAUUACCUGGAUUUGUCAAGAACAAGAGAGGAAACAGCCGCUCAGGUUGCUAACCUCAAGAAAAAUGUCUGGCUGGACCGAGGAACCCGGGCAACUUUUAUUGACUUUUCAGUGUACAAUGCCAACAUUAAUCUGUUCUGUGUGAUCAGGUUAUUGGUCGAAUUCCCAGCAACAGGCGGUGUGAUUCCAUCUUGGCAGUUUCAGCCUGUAAAGCUGAUCCGAUAUGUCACAACUUUCGAUUUCUUCCUGGCAGCCUGUGAGAUUAUCUUUUGUUUCUUUAUCCUUUACUAUGUGGUGGAAGAGAUAUUGGAAAUUCGCAUUCACAAGCUGCACUAUUUCAGGAGUUUCUGGAAUUGUCUGGAUGUUGUGAUCAUUGUGCUGUCAGUGGUAGCUGCAGGAAUUAACAUACACAGAACAUCAAAUGUGGAGGUGCUUCUACAGUUUCUAGAAGAUCAAAAUGCUUUCCCCAACUUUGAGAAUCUGGCAUACUGGCAAAUACAGUUCAACAACAUAGCUGCUGUCAUAGUAUUUUUUGUCUGGAUUAAGCUCUUCAAAUUCAUCAACUUCAACAGGACCAUGAGUCAGCUCUCCACAACCAUGUCUCGGUGUGCCAAAGACCUCUUUGGCUUUGCAAUUAUGUUCUUCAUUAUUUUCUUAGCAUAUGCUCAGUUGGCAUACCUUGUCUUUGGCACUCAGGUUGAUGACUUCAGUACUUUCCAAGAGUGUAUCUUCACUCAAUUCCGUAUCAUUUUGGGUGAUGUCAACUUCGCAGAGAUUGAGGAAGCUAAUCGAGUUUUGGGACCAAUUUAUUUCACUACAUUUGUGUUCUUUAUGUUCUUCAUUCUUUUGAAUAUGUUUUUGGCCAUCAUCAAUGAUACUUACUCUGAAGUUAAAUCUGAUUUGGCCCAGCAGAAAGCUGAAAUGGAACUCUCAGAUCUUGUCAGAAAGGGCUACCAUAAAGCCUUGGUCAAACUAAAACUGAAGAAAAAUACCGUGGAUGACAUUUCAGAGAGUCUGCGACAAGGGGGAGGCAAGUUAAACUUUGAUGAACUUCGACAAGAUCUCAAAGGGAAGGGCCAUACUGAUGCAGAGAUUGAGGCAAUAUUCACAAAGUACGACCAGGAUGGAGACCAAGAACUGACUGAACAUGAGCACCAGCAGAUGAGAGACGACCUGGAAAAAGAGAGGGAGGACCUGGACUUGGAUCACAGCUCUUUACCACGCCCCAUGAGCAGCCGAAGUUUCCCUCGAAGUCUGGAUGACUCUGAGGAGGAUGAUGAUGAAGACAGUGGGCAUAGCUCCAGAAGGAGGGGAAGCAUCUCCAGUGGGGUUUCUUAUGAAGAGUUUCAAGUCCUAGUGAGACGGGUGGACCGAAUGGAGCACUCCAUCGGCAGCAUCGUGUCCAAGAUUGAUGCUGUGAUAGUGAAGCUGGAGAUCAUGGAGCGGGCCAAACUGAAGAGAAGGGAGGUGCUGGGAAGGCUGCUGGAUGGAGUGGCUGAGGAUGAAAGGCUGGGUCGUGACAGUGAAAUCCACAGGGAACAGAUGGAACGACUAGUGCGGGAAGAGUUGGAACGCUGGGAAUCCGAUGAUGCAGCUUCCCAAAUAAGUCAUGGUUUAGGCACACCUGUGGGACUAAAUGGUCAGCCUCGCCCCAGGAGCUCCCGCCCUUCUUCCUCCCAGUCUACAGAAGGAAUGGAAGGUGGAGGUGGAAACGGGAGUUCCAAUAUCCACGUGUAGGACACGUGCUAGUGUAUGUGUUCUUAAUAGGUGAGAAGGUGACUGUCCUGAGUUGCCGUGACAAGUACACUAUUUAUAUGCCCUGACCACCAUAUGAUGCUGGUCUUUGUGACCAAUCGUUAAUUCUUCUGCACUUUAAUUUAUUUUAGAUAAACUUUGCCCAUGGAUCAAAGAAGAUGUUUUUUCUUUUUCUCAUAUAAGAAAUCCAGGUGUAAAUAUUGAGUACAGAAAAGAAAAUCUUUGUAAAGUAUAUUGAGUGGUAUGCCCACUUGGUACCAUAACUGAGUCUCCUCAGUUGACAAUGAAGUAGCCUUUUAAAGCUAAAAAAGAACUGUGAAAAGGCUUCUGAGUUUUUUAUUUCCAAUCACAAAAAUCAGUAUUGUCAUUUUUGCCGAGUGUGUGAAGGGAAAAUAGGGGCAUUCCUUUCCACUCAGGCUUCGCUCAUGGGCUUAAUACAUAGCUUUCUUUUAAGAAAGGAGCCUUUUAUUUCAACUACCUUCCUGGGGUACACUUUUCUAAAAGAUGAGCUGGAAAAGAACCCCAAACCAUAGAAUGUAGUCAUUAUGCUAGAAUUUGUAUGAAUGGUUACGAUAAACGUUGAACACUAUGCUUUUUUGUUAUUUUAUCAUAUCUAAUGCCUGGGGGACUAACCAUUUCACUUAAUUUUUACACUGUUUUCACUCUCAUUUGAAAUGAGCUGCAUGAAACCACUAAAGAUCAAUUGUGGGUUAAAAUGUCGUCUCUGACCAUAACACAGUAGAAUUGGAAGGAGCCAAAUCACUAAAUUUGAUUUUUUUCUAAUAAUUAGUUUAGUAUAAAGAUUUAUCCGUAUAGUCUUUUUUCCCAUGUGGCUCAACUUAUUUGCAACUGAAUUUAAUGUUGUAACUAAUCUAGGAAGAUCAACUUACUAAAUUUUUUAGGAUGUACUGAACGUUUUAA